AUGGAUACAGAAGACAUGGGCUCAGGUAAACUAGGCCAAAUAUUGAAGCAGAUUUGGAGACAAAACCAAAUGCUAAAGCAGGCACUCCAGGGGGACGACCUCUGUGAGGGGUCUGGCGGGGCCACUUGGAUAGCCACAGUGGUCUUUUUGGGUCAAGAACUCAGUUCAACCCUUUACCAACUACUGGAGCUCACUGCAGGAAGCCUGCAUUCCACCUGCCAGCAGCUGCGCACUCUGCUUGACAAGGAGAGUCACAGUGUCUGCCGACAAGACAUUAUUGCUUUCAUAGACUGCCUCAUGAAAAUGAAUGAACAUUUGAGGAACACUGCUAUGUUGCUAAAGAGAGAAGAAAGGAAGAUGUGUAAUUUAUGCAGCACGCAUGCUGAGCAUACCCCUCAGCAGACAAUAUCUACCAUUCAAGAUAGUAGAGCAACAGACAUUGCUGCCAGAGGGGAACAAAAUGUCAUGGAAACAGCUACUGCUUCUCCCACAAAUGCAGAGGAAAAUCAUUACACAACCCAGGUCCAGUUAAAAGAAAAUGAAACACACAUAAAUUCUGAAUUAGUAGGAAAGGAACACAAUACAUCAUUGAGUGGAAAUGUAAUAGGGCACAAAGAGUUGUGGAACACAAUGUUCUCAGAUAAUGCAGGAAAUAAAGAUGAAAAGCAAAAAGAACACAUGAUGACUGAGAACAUGAAUGGAAACAAGGGAGAGAUUCAUGACAUAACCCAGAAAACAGAAAGAGAGACUCAACCGACCUCAGAAAGCCAACGAGAAGAGAUUACCACAUCGUCAACAGCAUGGGACAUCUCCAACAGAUACACGGACGAUUGUCCCAAUGACUCAGAGAGUCUAACACAGAAGAAUAACAUAAUAGAAAAGGAGUAUCUUGACGUGUCAAAUGAGGGAACUGACCUCCAAGUGUCUUGCUACAUUACAGCCCCAUCAGCUGUCCUUCAACAACUUGAAUGCCGGAUAAUUAACAGCAUGAGUUCCUUUAUUGUGAGCGAUAAUGAAGAACUGGUCAGUAAUGUCAUCACUGUUGAAUGCUCAGGAAAGGAAAAGAGAAUUUCAUUCCCAAUACGCAUUGCGAUUCCCUUCACUGCACGCUACAGGGGGAAUUACAGAGAGAUCAUGGUGAAAGUGUCUGACCCAAACCUUCAGUCAAGUUACCUAACCCCAAACUCACUGGAAGGAAUGAGAGGAAGCUUUAAGGGGACCUGUGCUGUGGUGAAUGUUUACAAGUUGGGAAUGUUUUCUGUAGUGUCAUGUUUGAAGAAGGAGUCUUUCACAGUGACAAAAAAAGGCCUCACUCUGAGGUCCAGUGUGGACUCCCGGAUAUCCUUAAGCUACCCUGCAGGAGUUUUCAACUCUGCAGUACUUGUACAAUUAAAGAUCCAGCCAGUUGACCCAUCUCUGGUGGCAUAUUUUAAAACACAGCAAGACACUUACUACUCAGUGCUCUCCACCAGCCCUCUGAUUCACGUUCAGCACCCAUCAACUCAUCCUUUCCGGAAGCCAGUCACUGUAUUCCUUCCUUGUUCUCCUCAUGCUGAUAAAAAGAACCUUGAAUCUGAGCCAGAUCUCAGAAGAACAGCAAGUACCACCACAAACAGGGUCACGCCCACACCUUUGUAUCUCAGCAGGACCAAAAAUGCUUCCAUAAUGAAGCCCAGGAACAAUGCUUGUGAAGCUUUGAAAUUACUGGGAUUCAGAAGCCGAGACAGUGGUUGGUUUGGGCUUGAUGAUGUCCUGGUGAGGACCACACAGAGUGGCUUGGUAUCAUUCGAAAUGUAUGAACACUUAGACAGGUUCAUUGUCCUCCACCUCUCCUCCCUUGUGGACAGUAGCAACUUGGUUUCUUUUGUGAAGGCAUUAGAGGAAGCUUCACUCAGCACCACUGCCUGCAUAGUACUAUCUCACCAGAAAGACAAUCCACACAGAAUAGUUAUCUUGGUGGUGCCUUCCAAGGAGGUAAACCAGGCACUUAAGAGCUUGCGCUUAGAAGGGUUUGGAGGACUUCCAGAAUCAUCUCGCCAUUUCCAAGUAAGAGAAGGAGAACACCUGCUUCUAAGGUUUACUGGAAACAUAUUUGGUUCAAGCAAUGGGAAAGAUUAUGGAAAAGACUACAAACUUAUUUUUCACUUACAAAGAAAACCCAGGCUGGAACUCCAAAUCAAAGAAGUGGAUGAAUUUGGAAACUAUAGUUGUCCUCAUUAUAAGGGCACCAUUGUAGUUUAUAAGGUCCCCAGGGAGAAGAUAGUCUCUAACUUGGAACAAUCUCCACAUGAAAGCCAUGAUCAGUUGCCAAUUUGCAAAUUACUAUUGAAAUUGCCCAAGCAUGAAAAAUUAGUCAAGCGUCCACAGAGUACCAAAAGAAUUUCUACAGACCCUGUAGAGGCGCUCUGGGACAACUUGCUGCGCUGGCUGGCCGAGGAGCUCUCCGAAGAGGGCGCCGAAGUCCUGGCGGCGUCCCUCCCUCUGCGUCGGAGCACAGUGCAGCUCAUCAAACUCAAGCACCCGGAGGACCUGACCCAGCAGAUCCACGAACUGCUUUGCUUCUGGAAGAGAACGCUCCCGACUUCCACCGACAAGCUUCGCCUCCUGGCUCGCCAUCUCCGCAAGAUGGGCAGGAGUGAUCUUGCAGAAGAACUGAGAUUCAAGUGGGAGAAUAAGGUGUUCAGCGAGCCUCAGCCCUGGUUUGACGUGGCCGCAGAGUAA